AUGGCGGUGGUGGCCACCACGCUGAAGAAUGCCAACGCCUCCCUGGUGUACUCCUUCCUCUACAAGACAGUGGAGGUAUUCUGCGAGUAUUUCAAGGAGCUGGAGGAGGAGAGCAUCCGCGACAACUUUGUCAUUGUCUACGAGCUGCUGGACGAGCUCAUGGAUUUCGGGUUCCCACAGACCACGGACAGCAAGAUCCUGCAGGAGUACAUCACACAGCAAGGUAACAAGCUGGAGACCGGCAAGUCGCGGGUGCCGCCCACCGUCACGAACGCUGUGUCUUGGCGCUCCGAGGGCAUCAAGUACAAGAAGAACGAGGUCUUCAUUGAUGUCAUAGAAUCUGUCAACUUGCUGGUCAAUGUCAAUGGCAGCGUCCUGCUGAGUGAGAUCGUGGGCACCAUCAAGCUCAAGGUGUUUCUGUCAGGAAUGCCAGAGCUGCGGCUCGGCCUCAAUGACCGCGUGCUCUUCGAGCUCACUGGCCGAAGCAAGAACAAGUCGGUGGAGCUGGAGGACGUCAAAUUCCACCAGUGUGUCCGUCUGUCGCGCUUUGACAACGACCGCACCAUCUCCUUCAUCCCUCCAGAUGGCGACUUUGAGCUCAUGUCCUACCGCCUCAGCACCCAGGUCAAGCCGCUGAUCUGGAUUGAGUCUGUCAUUGAGAAGUUUUCCCAUAGCCGUGUGGAGAUCAUGGUCAAGGCCAAGGGGCAAUUUAAGAAGCAGUCAGUGGCCAACAGUGUGGAGAUAUCCGUGCCCGUACCCAGUGAUGCUGACUCCCCGCGCUUCAAGACCAGCGUGGGCAGUGCCAAGUACGUGCCGGAGAAGAAUGUCGUUAUUUGGAGUAUUAAAUCCUUCCCGGGGGGCAAGGAGUACCUGAUGCGAGCCCACUUCGGCCUCCCCAGCGUGGAGAAGGAGGAGGUGGAGGGACGGCCCCCCAUCGGGGUCAAGUUCGAGAUCCCCUACUUCACCGUCUCCGGGAUCCAGGUCCGGUACAUGAAGAUCAUCGAGAAAAGCGGUUACCAGGCCCUACCCUGGGUGCGCUACAUCACCCAGAGUGGUGAUUAUCAACUUCGUACCACCUAGAAGGGAGAAGUGGGGGCUUGAACGUGGGGCCUCCCUCUGCCCAGGCCCUGGCUGCAGAUUUUAGAAAGGGAGGGAAGCUGGGGUGCGUGAGGGGCAGGCCCCUGACUUAGCAGUUUCUUGCUCCUAGCCCCCAGCCCCCUCCUCGCCUCUUCCUCUAUCCAUUGGCUGGGAGAGGUGGUCUUCCUGCCUCCCUCACUCUUGGGGCUUCUCCCCUUCCCCCGGUUUUAUAUGAAGAAAUAGAAGAGGGGCUUGAAGCCCCCUCAUGAGUGCCUUCUUGCAGUGACCUGCCUUAGGGGAUGUCAGGAGCCCCUCAUCCUUCAUAGCUGCUGAGCCCAGAGGGCCCCGCUGGCCCAUUCCUCUGUGUUUCAGAUGUCAUUAAAAAGAUGAAUCUA